CAAUUAGCUUUCAUUGAUGCAGCAGUAAGACCAGGUGUCUUUGAUUAACAUCAGUGUGUGAUUCAUACAAAAGCAGUUGUCUGUUCAGUGCAUUGGUAUGGUUUCAGUGAGAGUGGGGAGUGCUGGUUUUUGAGACUAUGUCUGGCCGAGGAAAAAAAGCAGCCCCUAAACAAAAAACUUCAGUGUCCCGUUCCUCCAGAGCAGGAAUCUCCUUCCCAGUAGGCCGUAUCCAUAGGCUGCUAAGAAGAGGAAACUACGCGGAGCGUGUUGGCAAUGGAGCUGCAGUGUACCUCUCGGCUGUCCUCGAGUACCUUUGUGCUGAAAUCCUGGAACUGGCUGGAAAUGCAAGCCGUGACAACAAAAAACUGCGUAUAGCGCCACGCCACAUCUUGCUGGCUGUCAAGAAUGAUGAGGAACUCAGUCAACUGCUUGUGGGAGUUACAAUCUCAGAUGGUGGUGUAAUUCCCAACAUCCAUGCAAGUCUACUCCCAAAGAAGACCAAACUUUCAAAGGAAGAUGACUCUGCUAAAGAUGUCCAAUCUCAAGAGUUUUAACCAUGCAUUUGUAUUUUUUAAUCAAGUUUAAUAAAGUGUUUUUAAAUUA